GUGAUCGCCGAUUCGCUGAGCGUCCAUUCAAGCCCGGCAAAGUGGAACCUUCGGCUGUCUCGCCGAGCCGGUCUUCACAUUCAUGCCGAACAAUUUCUUGUUCUGUUGCCAGACGCCUGCUUACUGAUCAAUUUCUCUUUCGAACUGUCGUUGCGCUGAUUCAUACAGGGUUGUAACUAACAGGAUUUGGAAUUGCGCCUUUUUAGCUCUGCAUCGCUGCACUCACUUGAGUCAGCACUGAACCAUUCAAGUUACAGACACGACAGCGGCGGUCCCCUGCAUGCCAUCGGAUUUGUCAACCACGCUGUAUAAUAACCCCUCCACCAACCCGCGAUACCCGCUGUCUCGCAGAGACAAGACCCAUUUCCAUGCAACCCGUUUCACUGUUAGCUAGACGCACCCUGCUCUCGUCCAAACCAGCUGCAGGUCGAAUCAGCACUAUAACCCGCCACUUUUCGCAGACAUCCCUCGCCAUGGCGCCCAUUUCCAAGGAGACCGACUUCCUCGUGAUAGGAGGCGGCAGCGGCGGCCUCGCUUCUGCCCGCGCUGCCAGCUCCAGGUACGGGGCGAAGGCGAUGGUCAUUGAGGGCAAGCGGUUAGGCGGGACAUGCGUCAACGUGGGCUGCGUCCCGAAAAAGGUGACCUUCAACGCCGCCGCUAUCGCCGAGACUAUCCACCAGUCCAAAUCGUACGGCUUCAGCGUACAAGAAACCGCGCCCUUCGACUGGACCACCUUCAAGCAGAAGCGUGACGCCUACAUCCAACGCCUCAAUGGCAUCUACGAGCGCAAUCUCGCCAACGACAAGGUCGAGUAUGUGCACGGCUGGGCCAAGGUCAUCUCGCGGAACCAGGUCGAGAUAACGCUCGACGACGGCACGAAAACGGUGGUUAACGCCAAGAAGAUCCUCAUCGCCGUCGGCGGCAACCCGACCAUCCCCCCACAGAUUCCCGGGUCCGAGCUCGGCACCAACAGCGACGGUUUCUUCGACAUCGACAAGCUACCCAAGAAAGUAGCGCUCGUGGGCGCUGGGUACAUUGCGGUCGAGUUUGCGGGCAUGUUCAAUGCGCUCGGUGUCGAGACACACCUGUUUAUCCGUCACGACACUUUUCUGCGGGCCUUCGAUCCCAUGAUCCAGGAGGGUGUGACCAAGGAGUACGAGCGGCUGGGCGUCAAGCUGCACAAGCGGAGCUUGCUCAGCAAAGUUGAGAAGGAGGAGGGUACGGGCAGGCUCACACUUCACUACAAGGAGGGAGACGGCGAGGGUGUCGUCUCGGAUGUCGACCACCUCAUCUGGGCUGUCGGUCGGACACCAGCGACCCAGGGCCUUGGGCUGGAGUCAGCCGGCGUGAAGCUGACGGAGACGGGCCAUGUCGCCGUGGACGACUACCAGAACACCAACGUCGAGAACAUCUACGCUCUCGGCGACGUAACCGGCCAGGUUGAGCUUACGCCCGUGGCUAUCGCUGCCGGCCGCAGGCUAGCCGCGCGGCUAUUUGGGCCAGAGCAGUUCCGGACCGCCAGGCUGGACUACUCAAACAUUCCGUCGGUGGUCUUCGCGCACCCCGAGGUCGGCUCCAUCGGGCUGACGGAGCCGCAGGCGGUUGAGAAGUAUGGGCGGGAGAACCUCAAGAUCUACAAGACGAAUUUCACGGCCAUGUACUACGCCAUGAUGGACCCGGAGCAGAAGGGCCCGACCGCCUACAAGCUUAUCUGCGCGGGUCCGGAGGAGAAGGUGGUGGGCUUGCACAUCAUGGGCCUCGGCAGCGGCGAGAUGUUGCAGGGUUUUGGCGUUGCCGUCAAGAUGGGCGCCACCAAGGCGGAUUUCGACAACUGUGUUGCCAUCCACCCAACGAGCGCCGAGGAGUUGGUCACGCUGAGGUAG